AUGCCAGUCGGUCCACCCAAAGUCCACUCAGACAUUUACCCGUUUUUAGCACCAGGGAAUUUCGAAAAUGCACACGCGGGAAAGCUUGUGCUCGUCACUGGAGCUGGAGGAGACAUUGCACAGCAGAUCGCAAAACAUUUCGCCCUGGCUGGUGCCGCUCUUGCGGUGACAGAUAUCUCGCUUGAGAAGCUAGAGUCGACAGUUGGCUUAUGCCGGGCGCUGGGAGCGAAGGUGGCUCCGUUUGCGUGUAACAUCAGCAACGAAUCGGACGUGCAAGGAUUGGUCAAGGCUGUGAAGGCGUCACUCGGAGAUAUUGAUAUCCUUGUCAAUGCUGCCGGUGUCUGCACUUCCAAACCCAUUCUCCUCGAUUCAUUCGCUUCCAUCUGGCGCGAGGUGGAGAUCAACCUCGGAGGAGUGCUUCUUACGACGCUCAACGUGCUUCCCGGAAUGAGAGCUCGUGGCCGUGGCUGCAUCAUCAAUGUUGCCUCGCGAGCCGGGACUGUGACCGUGCCUUACCUGGCUGGCUACUCCAUUUCCAAGGCCAGUGUAAUCAAAGCAACCGAGAGCAUCCAGAAAGAUCUCGACGCGGACGGCCUAGGAGACAAAAUCCAGCUAUAUUGCUGUCACCCAGGUGCCGUUUUGACCGGCAUGUCCAAACGAACCAUGGAUCCGGUGGUGGCGGAGGAGUAUCCGCAUCUGGCAACCGAUCGACCCAAAUGGCUCAAGAACUUCCGAACGUCAGUCGACCUAUGUGCGGCCGUCUGUGUAUUUCUCGCCACGGGGAGAGUCAAAGAUUCCUUGAGGGGCAGAUAUAUUGACUGCGAGCAUGACCUGGAAGCGUUCCUCAGCCCCGAAGCUGCCGCGGAGAUCGGCAAGAACAACCUGCAUAUCCUCAAGGUCGACUUCUUAUGGGGUCUGCCGAAUGAUGGAGGUACAUCUGCAGGGGCAUUCCGCUUCGAUGUCGAUGGUGAGUGA